CGAUGUGCGAUAGUGGGGUCGUGAGCGGUGAUGAUGUCUUCGAGAAGACCAUCUACGGUAUCGCGGGCGUGCAUAAUGCUUGUCGAAAAACGUUGCAAUUUACAUUGAGACCUCGACAAUACAACUCAUUGCCUCGUCUUAGCUUUGGGCGACUGAUAAAUUCCAGUUAACCAGAUUCAUCCCUCGCAAGCCCGACAGCAUCAGCGAGCCGACCAACAUGCCUACGACCGAGAUCGCCAUCUUCGACCUGAAAGCCGGAGCAGACGUUGGAGAUCCAGACAACCAUGCGGCCUCCGUUGGUAAGAAUACAUUCGACACGCUAAGGACCAUCGAUGGCCACCACCAGACAAACUUCGGCUAUCAGGUCGAGAACCCAACCCGCUUCCAGUUCGCCAUAACAUGGGACAGUCUCAAGCACCACAAAGACUUCAUGGCCUCGGACACAUACGGACCGUUCUUAGACCGGUUCAAAUCGAUUGUAGAUGACAGCACGCACAAGCCGGAGAUGUGGCACGUCGACUUCCAACCAGCUGGCGGCCUUAGUCGCGUCCUGUCUGCACCAGUGACCGAAAACGUAGUGUUGUAUUUCGAAGGUGAGCCUCCAGCAGGAUACCAGGAGGGUGUCUCAGAGUUCUGGAAGGCCCUGGAAGAGGAGACGAACCUGCGAGGAUGGUGCGGAGGCGUGACGCACGAGACGCUUGAGCAUGAGGGCGUAAAAGGGAAAGCUGCGAUGUUCUUGGCCGGCUGGGACAGUGUAGAGGAUCAUAUGAAAGCAAGAGAGGCGGAUGGGUUUAAGAACAACGUAGAGAAGCUGCGAGGAGAAGCUAAAGGGAGGCGACUGUGGCAUACAACGUUCAUGCAGGAUAGGUCAUGAGGUGGCAUGAACCGCCGUCCAGAGGUUAGUUGCUGGGUGCUCACUGAAGCCAUGGCAAUCGGUUGUAUGAGGAGCACAACGGUAAGAAGACGAAUGUAGAAACUUCAUCUCAACACUGAGCAUAGGUUGAUUCCAGCAUCAUUAGCCAAUCUCGGCGUCCUGCAGACUUUUGGCCUAUAUCUCGAGAGGCUUUGUCUGCUCCUGCUUUCAUGUCUUGUGAUUGCCGAUUACAUGUAAUCCAACGGGGAGG